AUGGACUUGCUCGCUUCAGGAUUACCGGAGAAGGAAUCUGUCGACUAUGAGCCGUCGGGGAUGAUCUUGUCCCCUUACGGCGGUGGAACGAGGCCGUGGAACAACGCAUGCGGGAAGCAGCAAACUGACGACGGUCGGAUGGAAGUGAUCGGGCUGACAACGUAUCAACUGUUCGAGCACCUGGAGAAUCGUCGUUUUAACUCACCGCCCACGCGUGUCGAAGCCAGGGGUUUCGCUCCGACGGGAUCCUUAUCGGCGUGCGCUCCCGUUACCCCCGCUGAUGGGGCCAGACUCGAUACCGGGAGGGAGGGGUAA